AUGGUGCUUCGCGGUCUUGACAGUUCGACAACACCCCUUCUCGAACCCCCCACUUUGCGAUGCACUCGGGAACCCAACUCUGAUCUCGCCAUCCGCAUCGUGACGUCCCCAUCCCUGACCUGCCUCAACCCUACUGCGCAGUACCUCGACCUGCAUCACUCUGCCGCGUCUUUGCAGAUUAUCCGACAUGCGUCAGACGCGGGCAUGGCGCUGUCGCCUAGCCGGGCCCUAGGCAGCCAACGUCGACGACGAUGA